CUUUCUUUUAACCCCUCUUCCUUCUUUCCCCUGGCUCGUACCGAGUCUACCGACUGCAAAAUCAUUACUGCAAAAUCCAUUAAACUAAACAAAACCUUCAUCAUCCAAAAUUAAAAUUGGUGAUAAACUAAUUUCAAACCUAUAAAGCUACAACCUUCAAAUCAAAAUUGGUUAUUAAUCAAAGGAAAAGCAUAUUUGUUUAGAAAUUUCAGUAUUUCUAAUCAUUUGAAGUCGAGAGAGAGAAGAGAAGUGAAAGAUGAGCGAUCUUGCUGAAUAAACCGUGGAUUGGGUUAAAGAGAGAAGAUAUGUCAAUGGGGAAUGACUCAACAUGGGUAGGAAGGAAACCAACAAGACGUCUUGGUGGUAUGUCUGAUGCAUUAUCAAUCGCUGCUGAUCUUGGUUUCUCUGUACCUCCUCCUCCUGCUCAGGAAGAUCUACAGAGCUUGUCAGCUGCCACUGGUGAGAAGAGUGAUGACUUGAUAAAAGUCCUAAGGGAGCUUACAACUGUACAACAAAAAAUAGCAGACUUGCAAGUGGAACUUCAAGGUCGAAAGGAAGAUAAGAAUGUGGCUUAUCUUACACAUGUGAGUGAUAUGGAAAAGAAGUGUGAAUCACUGUCAAGGAUUACUGCUAUAUUAAAAGAUGUUAUUCAGAAUAAGGAUCGCAUCAUUGCUCGACUACAGCAACCAUAUUCACUAGACUGCAUUCCAGUAGAAGCAGAGUUUCAGAAACAAUUUUCAGAACUCUUGCACAAGGCUGCAAGCGAUUAUGGGGCGUUAACAGCAUCUAUUGCAGAUUUCCAAUGGAGCCAGAAUUUCAGGGAGUCACCAUCAGUCUGGGGGGAAAUGCUCCGACCAAUUCCUGUCGCUUUAGCAUCAUGUACACGAUUUUCCGAAGCUAUGUCAGCAAUGAGGGAAACCUUUUCAACACUUCAAAAUCUGCGAGUGGGUCAUUCGUCGUACUCCUCACCGACUACACCGCCAAAGGAUAUUUUCAAAGGGGGAUUAGGUGACUCAGACUGCGUAACUCCACUACCUUGGAGAGAGGAACCGACCUUGAAUGACUUGGUUAUGAGAAGCCAAAGGAGACAAGAAGGAGAGGGCAGUGAAUUAAGUGAGGCUUCUCAAGUUGAUAGUUUGAGCCAAAGGAGGUUAUCCUGGCCUCCGUCAGUCAAGAAAAGUGGUGGUGUGUGAUCGUGUAAAAUCCUCGUCUUUCAAGAAUCCCAUUUGUACCAAAAAAAAGGAGCCCAAGAAAGAGGAAAUGAGUGUCAUGUUUAGGAUUUUCCUAAACAUGAAGUGUGUAUAUGACAUAUUUGUGCCAAACAUCAUCCAUCUCCCUUCUUGGCCUCCCGAGUCUUUCCGUGUCUCUUAUCUGCCAUUAAUUUUGUACUUUUACAUUCUUGUGAGACCUGUCGCUGUUAACAGGUGCGAUUGAUAAGAAAUACAAUUCUGCAUAGUUGUUUGCGUUCA